CUUUAUCGCAUUUAUAAAUCAUUCCUUUCAGGAAGUAGACUAGUCUUUAUCUAUACAGAGCGCCGUCUACAUUGUUCAGUGGACUAUAGUAAAUUUAAUAUUUGUAGAGCGACGUUUGAAUAAUCAAAAGUUUCAACGCAUCAUUAAAAGAUGUAGCAGCGCUUUUUAUACAAGGUAGAAAAAACUGUGCGGAUAUAGGUCAGAGUUCAUUUGAACACUGUGGUAAUAUGUGAUCUUGCUAUUGCUCGAUGUCAUUGUUCCGAAGAAGAAACUCUACAUUAACAUAGAUCAGAUAGAUGUUCCAAAAAUAAAAUAACAAAAUCUAACUGUUGAUCAGAUCAUCGUCCCAAUGGAAGAGGAGAUUGUGAUCAUAGAAAGCCCAACCGUGGAAGGAUGUAAGGAUCAUCUUGAUGAAAAACCCACGCUUUGUUGUACAGAUCAUGGCAUUAAAUGUUGUAAAGUUUGUUCCGAAGAGGACCAGAGGGCGUACAAGCAGACAUCCACCAUUUCACAAACUAUCAACGAGUCCAGAUGCAGUAAAGAAUUCGAGACCUUUCAAGAAGAUAUGAAAACUGUAAGAAGAAAGUAUGAAGCUACAAGGAUUUCAGUUCAAGAAGAAAUAAAAAAAGUUGUAAAAACAAAAAGACACGUGAUCAAAGACAUUGGGCGUUACAAGAGAGAAUUAGUAUCCAGACUUGAAGAACUUGAAGAACAGUCUAUAGAUAUGGUGAAUGAGAGAUGUAAACAAAUAACUCGUAAAAUGGAGGCAAUAGCUGACCAGAUUGAUCGAUAUCUUUCUCAAAUUGACGAAACUUUGACACAGACUGAAUUUGAUAGUGAGACAAAGUCAAAAGGGCGAAAGGAAAAGGUUAAGACUUUACGUGACGAUCUAAGUAAAAUUGUUACUAAUGUUGACGGUUUUGAGGGCAUCAGUAUCUCUUUAAAUAAAGAUAUCAAAACAUUUUUUGACAAAACUAAAGGACUGGCAAAGGUUAAUCUUCCAUGUCAAACAAAACUGAAGGGAAACAUUAACAUACAAUUUGACAGCGACUUUGAGACAUGUGGUAUCAGUGAUAUUUGUACACUGCCCGAUGGAACAGUUGUUCUGACGGAUCUGUCAAAUGACUGUAUAAAGAGACUUGACGAAUCUUACGGCAACAAAGAUCUUAUGCAGUUAAAGGGAGGUCCAUUAGGUAUUUGUCCCACUAAGCCUGGUGAAAUGGCUGUCACAUUGAGAGAAAGCCAGACAGUUCAAUUUCUGAACUAUACGGAGACCAGUAUGAUGUUGAUGAAAUCUUUCCCAACCAACUGUUCAUGCAAUUAUAUUUGUUGCAUGGAUAAUGCUUUAUUCAUAACAUGUGAAGGGGGGAAUGACGACAAUGGACAAGGUCAUAUCAGAAAAUACGAUAUGACCGGUAACCUACUCUGUGCCAUUGAGACUGACGAUAUGGGCAGAAGACUGUUUACAACUCCUCUCCAUAUCACAGCUAACGAAGACGAAACAAAGCUUUUCGUCACAGACAUGGGCAGUAAAGUUAUAAUUAUAGACAAGACAGGGAAGAAGCUGAAUCAGUACAAAAGUACUUCUCUAACAAGUGCUUUUGGGAUAUCAGCUUUACCAGAUCAGAAUAUCUUGGUGUCCUCUGUUGAUUCCCAUAAUGUACAGCAGAUUGACGACAGGUGUAGGUUUGUAGGAACAGUCCUCAGCAAAGUAAAUGGCUUAGAAAAUCCUGUUUGUAUCGCUUACAAUGGAUCACGUAGCCAGAUAAUUGUAAGCAUGGACGAUGCCGACGAGUUGCUCGUAUUUGAUGUCUCUUUUCCGUAGAGGUACAGACAUACUGAUUUGUUCAAUCAUUCCACUCCCAUUACACUGCCCUUUUCCACUGACUUUGUCCUUUUUAGAUAUCUUUUCAAAAGUAUAGAUCUCCAUGGAUUCAGUCUGAUUUCCAUUAACGCUCAUAAUUAGUCUCAAUUUACCUAGAACAUAAGUGGCAGUAAAUAACUAUUACAUUCUUGUGACCAAAAUGGAUUUGACCUGUGGAAGUGACGUCACGCGCGGCAUGAAAGAGUUUUGUAUACGAGCUGGUACUAAUAUACAUCAUUACAUUUUACUUUGUUUUAAGCGUGCAUAUAUUAAUAUCCUGUGUUGUACUGAAACUUUGAUGCUCACAGAAUGAUCACAAAAUACUGAGACUGUAAAAUAGUGAUUCAAACAUGCUAAAUGUGAAUACUAUUCUAGAGUCUUUAUUUCAAUAAAUUAUGUGAAAUGAAGUGCAUUUGUAGGACUGCAUUAUUUAUGUUAGUAGAAGCUUUUUGACUACACAGUGACAGGAAUUAUGUGAAUUAUCUCAAUAGUGUAAGUGUGAUUGCUGUAAAUAAGACUUUUUUCACAGAACACUUAUAUGAAACCUCUUUGCUCAUUUUGAAAGCACUAUAUGAAAUGUUGUCAGUCAAAUCUUAAGCAGCAUUUUAUGAUUGCUUCCACUCUUUGAAUAUUUUGUCAGCUAUCUAUUUAAGGAGAAAUGGACACUAGACAUAUAUCCCUAUUAGAACUAUAAGUUUUAUUAUAUUUUUUACAGAUUAGUUACUAUCCUCUUUAAUAUGAAAAUACUUAACCUAAAUUUCAAUAUAAUUUCAUAUUUUACUUUUGCAUUUGAAAAAUAUUAGGAUAUCUAAACAAUCUGAGCUAAAAGUCAAGUUGUUUUAAAACUAUGUAUAAUUUCCUAAUUUAUUUCCAGUCUAUCUGGUUGCACAGCCAAGGUAGCCGAAUGGUGAUAAUAUGUAAUAAACAUUUCUAAUAAGUUCCGGCUAUAUAUAUGAAUAUUGUGCAAACAUAUGACAGUUUUAUAAAAGAUACAUGGGUCAGAUCCCCUCUCACUCGUACCUGCCAACUGUUACUCAGUAUUUUUUAGCAUUUUAAAAAGAACUUUGCAUAGCUGCAGGUGGAGACCACAGACCAUGUUUGUUCCCAUUUUAGCAUAUUGAAGAGUGUCUUUAAAUUACCAGCUAUUCUCUUUAUAUUACAAGAUAGGAAAGUAUGGAAUUGGCACUUCUUAGUGCUGCAUACCCGCUCUGUACCACGGCAUGCCUCGGGUACCAAAAUUAGUAAACAGAGUGCCAUAGUAUACCAUGGUAAACACUUCUCGGCUAGUUAUUACCGGGCUCAAUGAAGUUAAAGAAGAAUAAAUUUUGGUAUGCGUUUCUUCCGGCCUAAAGCAUAUAUCAAGUUAGUACCCAUUCGCCAUAGAAGUGUUCCACAGAAGAAAAAUUGUUUGCUGAUUUCUUGACGAAACAGUUUUCAGGAGCGGUGUCAUUGAAUGGAAUGCUUACAUACCCGUCUAUUGAUACCAAGGAUUGAUAGGUUAUUAUUUCAAAACUUUUUACUAAUUUCUAUCUUGUAAUAUAAAGAGGGGAGCGGUGGUCUAGUGGAUAAGGUGUCGGCCUCUCAAUCCAGGGAUCGUGGGUUCGAGCCCUAUUGGGGUCAUGACCAUGACUUCUCAUAUGACACCAGUACUGGUUUUUCCAGGAAGCGGACUCGAGAGUGGUUCCAAUUCACAAUCGAGCUAAAAUAAAUUAGUAUAAACUAAUAUAAAGAGCAUUGAUUAAAAUAUGCUGAAAUCGUAAAAGAAAGUGUUUUAUACACUAUACCUAUGCUUAGUUUGUUUUAAAAUGAUAAAAGACACCGGGUAAGAUUUUAAUGGGAGCAGAGGUCAAAGGAUGGGUACUUUCUCCAAGUUUCUGUGUUUUUUAUGUUCACGCCAUUCCUCAGGCUAUAUACGUUUACCAUAUCUUGUUUUGAGCAACCCGGAUAGGAAAAUCAUAUUUCAAAGAUAAACCCAGUGAAAAUCUAACAUGUAUCGUGCAUAAAUAUAUCUAAAUGAUUAGUGUUGAAGUUUCAAACAAAUCAUUUACUUGACCAAAGUCUGAUAAACAACUUUUAAGCAGGCUACAUUUUAAGAUAAAUAUAGAUCUUGUUCUGAUGAAAAAAGUAUGUAUAUACUUGAUAAAUAUAACAUGUUUGUAAUAAGAAGCGUGAAUAAAUUUGACAAUUAUUUAUUGGAACUGAUUUUACAUUGCUGACUUUGUUUUCUUCAAAAGUGUUUUGAUGUUGAUAUGUGCUUAGAGAGUCAUUUGACAUAUAUAACUGUUAGAAUUGUUCUGUAUAUGCCAAAUAUAUGCUGCAUAUAUUCUUGCAUUAUUUUCAGCAAACUAAGAAUAGUAUGAACUUUGUUUAUCUGUCUAUAUUGUUAACUCAAUAUAAUGUAUGGUGUGUUUCUAAGACGACAAGAUUUUUCAUGUGAAUUCAGUAAAGUUGAUGAUUCGAUAUGCUGUUUCUUUUACUUUCAUGUAUUUGUUUAUUUCUUGUUUGUAGAUUUUUAAUGUAUCAGACAGAAAUAAAUCCUCAAAAAUGGC